GCAGAAAUGUUGCUGAAGUGCUCCUGAAAGGGCCAGAGAUGCAAGGAUUUGGGACACAUUUUGAACCUUUAAGCUGUCUGACAUUGACCUCCUUUCAUUAUUAAUAAAGAAGAAGCAGGAGCUUAGGAUGUAUUAACACCAACUCAUUAAUAUACUAACCGGACAAUGUUCUGCAACAAUUCUACAUUGUAAAGAACUGGAUUGGCACUAAAUAAAAUAAUUUCAUAUUUUACUCAGCUUAUAAUAUGACUCGAUGGAGGAAAAUUUGAUAAGCAUGAGGGAAGACUAUUCUUUUCAUGUUCGUUACAGAAUGGAAGCUUCUUGCCUAGAACUGGCCUUGGAAGGGGAACGUCUGUGUAAGUCAGGAGACUGCCGUGCUGGUGUGUCCUUCUUUGAAGCUGCAGUUCAAGUUGGAACUGAAGACCUAAAAACACUUAGUGCUAUUUACAGCCAGCUGGGCAAUGCUUAUUUCUAUUUGCAUGAUUAUGCCAAAGCAUUAGAAUAUCAUCAUCAUGAUUUAACUCUUGCAAGGACUAUUGGAGACCAGCUGGGGGAAGCCAAAGCUAGUGGUAAUCUGGGAAACACCUUAAAAGUUCUUGGGAAUUUUGAUGAAGCUGUAGUUUGUUGUCAGCGACACCUAGAUAUUUCUAGAGAGCUUAAUGACAAGGUGGGAGAAGCAAGAGCACUUUACAAUCUUGGAAAUGUGUAUCACGCCAAAGGGAAAAGUUUUGGCUGCCCUGGUCUUCAGGACAUGGGAGAAUUUCCAGAAGAAGUGAGAAAUGCCCUUCAGGCAGCUGUGGAUUAUUAUGAGGAAAACCUAUCACUAGUGACUGCUUUGGGUGAUCGAGCAGCCCAAGGACGUGCCUUUGGAAAUCUUGGAAAUACACAUUACCUACUUGGCAACUUCAGGGAUGCGGUUAUAGCUCAUGAGCAGCGUCUCCUUAUUGCAAAAGAAUUUGGAGAUAAAGCAGCUGAAAGAAGAGCAUAUAGCAACCUUGGAAAUGCAUAUAUAUUUCUUGGUGAAUUUGAAACUGCCUCUGAAUACUACAAAAAGACACUACUAUUGGCUCGACAGCUUAAAGACAGAGCUGUUGAAGCACAGUCUUGUUAUAGUCUUGGAAACACAUAUACUUUGCUUCAAGACUACGAAAAGGCCAUUGAUUAUCAUCUGAAGCACUUAGCAAUUGCUCAAGAGCUAAAUGAUAGAAUUGGUGAAGGAAGAGCAUGUUGGAGCUUAGGAAACGCAUACACCGCUCUAGGGAAUCAUGAUCAAGCAAUGCAUUUUGCUGAAAAGCACUUGGAAAUUUCAAGAGAGGUUGGGGAUAGAAGUGGUGAACUAACAGCACGACUAAAUCUCUCAGAUCUUCAAAUGGUUCUUGGUCUGAGCUACAGCACAAAUAAUUCAAUAAUGUCUGAAAAUAUUGAAAUUGGUAACAGUUUGCAUGGUAAUCCUAUUGAUUUAUCAAUACAGAAUAUAGUAUUUUCAGCUGUUAUCAUGAACUUAGGAAAGGUGAAGAAAGUCAGUACAGAUACUAUUGGAGAUGAAGGGUUCUUUGACCUGGUAAGCCGAUUUCAGAGCAAUCGGAUGGAUGAUCAGAGGUGCUGCUUACAAGAACAGAGCUGUGGGCCAGCUUCAACUGCAGCUUCUUCCACUCCCCCUAGAGUGAUGCUAAAAACACCAUCUGUUUCCAUGGUAUCCCCCAACACGGAUGAGUUUUUAGACCUUCUUGCCAGCUCACAGAGCCGCCGUCUUGAUGACCAGAGGGCCAGUUUCAGUAAUUUGCCAGGGCUUCGUCUGACACAAAACAACAAUAAGUCUGUCCUUGGCCACCUGAUGACUAAUGACAACAAAGAGCCUGAUGAAGACUUCUUUGACAUCCUUGUAAAAUGUCAAGGGUCCAGAUUAGAUGAUCAAAGAUGUGCUCCACCACCUGCUGCCACAAAGGGACCAACAGUACCAGAUGAGGACUUUUUUAGCUUGAUUUUACGUUCUCAGGCAAAAAGAAUGGAUGAACAGAGAGUUCUUUUACAACGAGAUCAAAACAGAGACACUGAAUUUGAACUGAAGGACCUUUUGCAAAGUAAUGCUUUGUUGGAAUUUAAAAAUACAGGAAAAAAAUAAGCAAACCGCUAGUUAUUAUGGAUAUUUUUUUAAAACGACCUUAUUUCCUUUCAGAACACUGAAGGGAAAUUCAAUCUAUUACUUUUUCCUUAAGAGGAGAAAUUAUAGCACUGUAAUACAGCUUAAAAUGCUCUAGAAUGAUGUAAAUAUUUAACCUUUAGUAGUAUGAUAUUAACAUUCCUCUGGACACGCACUUGUUGCAGGGUGGAGGGGUCUUAUAAAAGGUGCUUCAUCAACUUUUGUGAUUAAGGCUCAGGAUUGUGUUCUUUGGCAACUUGUUAGAUUCCUUUACCUAGAGUUUGUAAAGUAGGAAGGUAAAUGAAUCUAGACUAGAAUUUAAUCCUCUUGCUGAGAUAAUUUUUUUUUAAUCUUAAUUGACAAUGGCAUUCUUCUAUACUGAACCAUGGAUGUAGUGAGAAAUUUUGCUGUUUAGUAAAAAUAACUUACCUGACCAAUGUGUAAAAAAAAGUUAGUCUUAUUAAAAAAAUCUAGAUCUUUUUUCUGUUAAGAAAGUCAUAUUUUCAGUAUGUUAUUAGUUCGAAGCCAUUAUAAAAACUCAAAAUAAACUUUCAGCAUGUUUUGGGCCCUUUAA